UAGUACUUCUUUGUUUCUCCUGCAACUUCAUCCAUGGCUGAUUUCCAAGGCUUCAUCAUUCUCUUCCUCGUAUGGCUCACCUCCACCAUCUUUCUCCGAUAUCUCUUCAAACUCCGAGCCAAGUCCCACCUCCCGCCAAGCCCACUAGCCCUGCCGAUCAUCGGCCACCUCCACCUACUAGCUCCGAUACCUCACCAGGCUCUACACAAGCUCUCAGCCCGCUACGGCCCAUUGAUACACAUCUUCCUCGGCUCUGUCCCUUCUGUGGUCGCCUCCUCCCCGGAAAUGGCCAAAGAGUUCCUCAAAACUCAUGAAGCUUCCUUCUCCAACCGUCCUCAAAUCGCCGCUGUGGAUUACCUAACUUAUGGAUCACAAGAUUUCUCAUUUGCACCCUAUGGACCCUAUUGGAAGUUCAUGAAAAAACUAUGCAUGUCUCAACUCUUAGGUGGUCGAACGCUAGACCUUCUCUCUCCGGUUAGACGAGAUGAGUUGACACAUUUCAUGAAGCUAAUGUUAAAGAAGGCGAAAGCCGGUGAGGCAGUUGAUGUUGGGGGAGAGCUCAUAAGGGUGACAAACAAUGUGAUAUCAAGAAUGGUUAUGAGAGAGAGGUGUUCAGAGAAGGAACAUGAAGCCGGGGAGGUGAGGAAGUUGAUUCAUGAGAUAGCCGAGCUCACAGGGAAGUUCAAUCUUUCUGAUUUUAUUUGGUUCUGCAAGAACUUGGAUUUGCAGGGAUUUGGGAAGAGAGUGAAGGAUAUUCGUGACCGGUUCGAUGGGAUGAUGGAGAGGAUCAUAGGGGAGCAUGAAGAGGCAAGGAGGAGUAGGAAAGAGAGUGUUGAAGGAGCUGGUGAUGCUGUGAAGGAUGUACUUGAUCUUUUACUGGAUAUAUUAGAAGAUGAGAACUCAGAGAUGAAACUGACGAGAGAGAACAUUAAGGCCUUCAUUCUGGACAUAUUUGCUGCUGGAACCGACACAUCGGCCAUUACAACGGAAUGGGGACUAGCAGAGCUGAUCAACCAUCCCAAUGUUAUGGAGAAAGCAAUACAGGAGAUUGAUUGUGUGGUUGGAAAGAGCAGACUAGUCGAAGAAUCAGAUAUACCAAACCUUCCUUACCUCCAAGCCAUAGUUAAAGAAACACUAAGGCUUCACCCCACAGGCCCAUUGAUUGUUAGAGAGUCAAGUGAAGAUUGCACUAUUGGGGACUAUAAAAUACCAGCGAAGACUAGACUGUUUGUCAAUGUUUGGGCACUAGGCAGAGACCCGAAUCACUGGGAAAACCCACUUGAGUUUCACCCAGAAAGGUUUGUUGAUGAUCAAGAGGGAAGUGGGAAGAACCAGUUGGAUGUCAGGGGGCAGCAUUUUCAUUUGUUGCCGUUUGGGAGUGGCAGAAGAGGAUGCCCUGGGACUUCACUGGCGUUACAGGUAGUCCAAACAAGCCUUGCAACUAUGAUUCAAUGCUUUGAAUGGAAGGUUGGUGAUGGAGGGAAUGGUACAGUGGACAUGGAAGAGGGACCUGGGUUGACGCUUCCACGGGCACAUCCUCUGGUUUGUACACCAGUGGCUAGACUCAAUCCAUUUCCAUCAAUGUAACCUAUAACGCAGUAUCAAACAUUAAGAAAAUGACCAAAGAACAAAAAAGGAACUACCUUUCUUUAUUUCCAUUAAGAUGGAGCUGGGAAAGAAAAAAUGAAAGAGAGAGAAGAAAAGAAAAAGUAAGGAACAAGUUUGGUAUGUUUGUGUGCUAUGAUAGUAAAACAGUGUCAUUUUACAAACACCCACUCUGUUUCAUGCCUCUGGGCUCUUGUUUAAUGAUUGACCGCGUGCCACAGUUGACAGUCCAGGUCGACUCAAAGUCAAGGGCGUGUUCU